CCGGGCGCCGAGGUUACAGGACUGUGGGAACCGUUGGGGUGCGGGUCGCCGGUGUAGUCCCUUGCGCCUGACAAGAGGACGUGAAGGGUAUGAGCAUGAACAUGGCAGAAGGGGACACCCUGAUAUCAGUGGAUUAUGAGAUUUUUGGGAAGGUCCAAGGGGUGUUUUUCCGCAAAUACACUCAGGCUGAGGGUAAAAAGCUGGGAUUGGUUGGCUGGGUCCAGAACACUGACCAGGGCACAGUGCAAGGACAAUUGCAAGGUCCCAUCUCUGAAGUGCGUCAUAUGCAGGAAUGGCUUGAGACAAGAGGAAGUCCCAAAUCGCAUAUCGAUAGAGCAAACUUCAGGAAUGAGAAAGUCAUCAUAAAGUUGGAUUACUCAGAUUUCCAGAUUGUGAAAUAAUGGCCCGAAUUUAAAUUUUCUAAGAUAAACUCACUGGUUUUGUUUUUAUUAGUAAUAUAGAACUAUUCUGUGUUCAGUAUUAGAAUUUGUCAGUAAGUUAUGUUAGUAUCAGAUAUUUGAAUAUCACUGUAUAUGUAUGAUAGAAGGAUGACAACUAACUAUUCAUAAUUCUAAUA